GGGGCAUGACGUAGUAGUUGCAAUCUGAUCGGUUCCUAUCUGUCAUUAUGAGUGGUUAGUGUCUGCAUGGUCCCCGAAUGCCACUUCAUCACUCAUAAUUCAGGAUUGGGCUCUGGAGGCCUCCGGGCUGCGGUUUAGGGUGAGGAGUUGUGCAAGGGCAGCUCUGAGACUUGGCAUUUGCAUCUUGUAAUUAGCGCUGCGGGAGGGGGCCAGGAACUGCACCACACGCCAGCCUCGCUCCAGUGUUUCCGCCUAAUCCUCCCAACCGCCCUACAAAUAGGGCUCACCAUCUCCAUUUUAUAGGUAAAGAAGCUCCCCUGCGGUCACAGCCGGGAUUCCAGCAGCUCAGGCUUUUAAACUACAGCGUGCUGCUUCUAGCCCGUCGGCCUGGAAGUCGGGGGACUUGAGCUUAGGCUCAGGCUGUGCCACCAAUUACGUGGCCUUGGACAGAUCCCGUCACUCACAAGUGACUUUGCUCAAUUGGGGAACGGGGUGGAGGGGGGUGUGGUGGCAGUUGCUGGGUCCCCAGCGGAGGCUUGUGUCGUCUCCUCAUGUCCCUGGAGCCCUCGCCUCCCAUGAGGCCCUGCAGAGGGGGACUCCGGGCAGCCCGAGUCUGAGCAGAGCUGAGUCAGCGCCCAGAGUGGCUCCUGCCCCCCUUCCUGGGCAGCGUUAGUCACUCCCGCCCUCUGGGGGACUCUCCCCUCCCCAGACUCUGAUUUUGGGGCUGGAAGGCUUGUUCCCUCCCUAACCCAAUAGAGGUUUCUAAAAAAAAAAUUAAAAAAGCAGUUACUUUGCCGUUGAGAAAAUUGCAUAAAUAAAAGUAUAAAUCAGAUCAUCCACAGCGCAGAUGCUAAUCUGGCUACUCGGAGCCGGCUUUUCGGUUUACCGCCCGCAAAGGGAGGCAGGUGAAGUGCGGUCCUUUCUCAGGGUCUCCCACUCCAAAAUCCCAGGGUUCUGAGAAUCCUUUUUUUGUGGUAUGAUCCCUGGAUCCACUUUCUUGCUUGGAUUUGCUUCAAAUAAUGCAUGUUUACUUAGAUAACUGGGGCUAGAAGGACUCUUCCCUGUCAUCUGAGACAUUUCUGAAGGCCAUCUCCUGGAAUAUAACGGGUCGUUUCACCGCUAAUCUUUGGGUAAAUUAAAUUCCCUUUGUCUAAGAUUCACCUUCUUUUAAUCGCCUUGGGAUGACUCCAGGUGCUGGGAGCUUCAAAGGUUUUUUCUUUGAGGCUUUUGGCAACAGUUUAGAGGGUCACCAGGAGCUAUGAAAAGAGUCCCAGGUUCUUGAGGGAGUGGAUUUUCCAAGGUAGACAUUGGGAACUCCAGAGCUGUGAUUUCUAACCUUGACUCUUCCUUUGGUAUGUGACAGUCCCUGUGUCUUCAUUGCUUCAUUCCUGACAAUGGAGAAAUUAGAAAGCCAAAGAGCUUAUGCCAAGAAUAUGUUGGAAUAUGUUGGAAUAUGUUGCCAGACAUGGUGCCUUUUAACAGUACAUACUUAGUGUUCGAUUGUGUACGGACAUUGUACACAAUGCUGUGAAGUAGGCUGAACAGAUAUAUUUCUUUUAUUUGUAUACUGUGUGAGUUUGUACCCUAUGUAGUAUGAAAAGAAUUUUGAAGUGGCUUAAAACAAAAUCAGUGAGAUCUCAGCGCAGAAAACAUAUAAUAACUAACACUUGUUGAGAGUCUUCUGUGUACCUGGGGCAAUUCCAAGUGCUCUUAAAUGUAUUAGCUCGUCUGUGUUAGGAGGUGAGUACUUUUUAUUAUCCCUGUUUUUACAGAAAGGAAACCUGAGGCUCAGUGUUAUUCCCAGUGGGGCACAGACUUUUAAGCACUGUAGGAGAACACCUCUCCAUAGCAAAUAAGGCUAGAGGUGAUGUUAACGCCACAGGCUUCCAACAGGAGUCCUGAAUUACUUUCCGGGAAUUAUCAUCACCGUUUUACAGAACCUGGCAGUCGGGGCAGGAGCCGUCGGAUCUUUGCAGCUGACCUACAUCUCGAAGUUAUCAAUGCCCUGUCUCAGAGAUAUUUUCUUCAAGCCAACGACCAGAAAGAUCUGAAGGACUGGGUGGAAGCCCUGAACCAAGCCAGCAAGAUCACCGUACCCAAAGCUGGGAGCCUACCCCUGGCUACAGAAGUUCUCAAAAGCCUAGCGGCUCCUCCAGCCCUGGAGAAGAAGCCACAGGUGGCCUACAGGACGGAGAUCAUCGGAGGAGUGGUGGUCCACACACCCAUCAACCAGAACGGCGGUGGGGACGGGCAGGAGGGGAGUGAGCCAGGCUCCCACGCCAUCCUCCGGAGGUCCCAGAGUUACAUCCCCACGUCGGGCAGCCGGGCUUCCGCAGGGCCCCCCCUCAUCAAGAGCGGCUACUGUGUGAAGCAAGGGAACGUGCGGAAGAGCUGGAAACGCCGCUUCUUUGCACUCGAUGACUUUACCAUCUGCUACUUCAAGUGUGAGCAGGACCGGGAACCACUGCGUACUAUAUUUCUCAAGGACGUUCUCAAGACCCACGAAUGUCUGGUCAAGUCUGGUGAUCUCUUAAUGAGGGACAACCUGUUUGAAAUCAUAACAAGUUCCAGGACCUUCUACGUACAGGCGGACAGUCCAGAAGACAUGCACAGCUGGAUUAAGGAGAUUGGGGCAGCUGUCCAGGCCCUCAAGUGCCACCCCAGAGAAAUGUCCUUUUCUAGAUCCAUUUCUUUGACUCGACCUGGAAGCUCCAGUCUCUCGGGCGGGCCCAACUCGUUCUUGUGCAGGGGGCGGCCCCCGGUGGAGGAGAAGAAAGCCCUCUGCAAAGCCCCCUCUGUGGCCUCCUCCUGGCAGCCCUGGACGCCUGUUCCUCAGGCCAGGGAAAAGCUGCUUCCCGCUGAGGAGACUCCAGAGGACACCUUGUUCGCGCCCCGACUCGGGGAGAGCAGCGCCGCCGGGGCCUUGCCGCCUUCCCGGAUGAGGCACAGAUCGGAGCCCCAGCACCCCAAGGAGAAAGCUUUUGUGUUCAGCCUUGACGACGAAAACAUACGGACCUCUGAUGUGUGAUGGUGCAUGUGCCAUGGGAGGGAGAGAGAGGACUUGAGAGGAGGAGGAGGCCGUGACUCAGUUUCCCCCCUUGCUGGAGGACAGUCACAGGCCUUUAUGUCAUUCACACUCCUGUGGAUGCUCUGUGGGAUGGAGGGGCCCAUCCAGCUGGCCUUUUUUUUUUUUUUUUUUUGGUAAUAUUAGUGCAGUGUAUUUAAUUCUGGGAAAGUACUAGGUUAGACCUGUAGGCAGACUCAGCGGAGAGUGUUUACUCUUCACUCCAUAAACAAGAGUACGUCGUAAACUCUUGCUUGACUAUCCCAAGGUCUUCCUGGCGAGGGGUUAUUUCAGCAACUCUUCUCCAGAGGAGGCCGGGAGUCGGGAUUUAUUUCCUUAUCCUUGUCUUAGUUUCUUCGUUUUGUUUUCGGUCCAGGCACGCAUCUUAGCCCACUGAUCUGGUUUUAUCCUAUUCCUGUUUGUUGACUGAGGCUUGUGAAGUGGGAGGGCUGGACUGGGAGACAGAGGUGUCGGGAUGCGGGGCCUGGAGGGCAGCCCUCAGUGCCUGCCGGGACAGGUGCGCUGGGGACUGACUCCUCGUAGGAGAGCAUGCAGGAGCUCUUGUGAGGAACGGGGAUAAUCCAGCUAUACCAACAGCACAUCAGUGAGUUUUGGGAAUUACUCUCGCUCUCCUCUGGCUGCCUUCGACCCCAGAUCCUAGAGACGUGGGCGGCAGACCUGCCCACCCGGUUUCUGUAUCAGACCCCAAGGGGUGGGUUUAUCAGUGUUAAAUGUCAUGACCAUCGAGUACAGAACAGACAUUUCCCUUGAUAUGGCAUUAUUUGGGAUGCAUGGAGGCUGAUCAAUGAUGAUUCACAUGUGUGUUAGAUCAGUCUCUUUCAAAGGUUUAGGUGAGCUUUAAAGUAGGUGCUGAACAUGAGAUGGAUUCUGGUUCGUCCAGCUAAGCUUUUGUGAUUCAUGUUUUCCAGACAGGAGAAAAGUUCUGUUUUGGCAAAGAGGAGUAUCUCGAAUCCUUGCUUCACGGCUCCUUUUGAACGGGCUGGCAUUAGGCUGAAUUUAAGUGCUGUGUGUUGUAUGCCCCUGGCAGACUCACUUUCUUUGUAUUCUUUGUGUUGCCCUCUGAGUGAAGCUUUGUGUACUUGCAUGAUCAAUCCCUUUAAUAUGAUGAGGUUCCAUGUACUUAACAGGGAAGAGAUACAAAGACAAUCUUGAGAUAUUUACGUUUUUAAUGAAAUAGAAACUGGGCAUAGAAACAUUGAUUUAGAGAAGUUAGGAGUUGCUGGCUAGAGACGUCUUAGAAGGGCAUAGAAGAUGGGUUUCCCACCCACAUUUUGGGGCAUACCUUCUUCCAUUUGACAAAAAGUGUGCCUGGGAGAAUUUGUCCAUCCAAUUUAUGUGGUGAAUUGCCACCGAGAGCUUAUUAGGUUCCCCUAAAGGAAGAGAGCACUUGGCUCAUUUCUGUCUUUAACUUUUAUCAGGUAGAUCAAUUAAUUAUAUUUUAAAAAUAAAAAUGAGUGACUAGGGGAAGAGACUAAAAGAAGCAUUUUGACCUAAGUAAAUCCCCACCCCUUCUUAUGUCCAAAUCUAAUGCAGAGGUGAAAACACUUGAUGAGAACAUCCUUAGUGACUUAAGAGGAAUCAUGUUUCUUUAAGGCAGUGUAGUUUCCCUGAAGUCUCUGUCACACUGAGAAUUUUUUCUCACUGUACUGCAUUGCAGCUAUCCUUCAGUUUGGCCUAUUGGUUCUGGUAUAAAAAAAGAAAUCUACAACUGGAUCUCUCCUCCUUUCUCUCUCUCCUACCCACACCUCUUCUGUAAAUUCUGGUGUACUUUUGUCCCCAGAAAUCUUUCAUUUAAGAAUUUUAGGCCAGUCGCGGUGGCUCACGCCUGUAAUCUGAGCACUCUGGGAGGCUGAGGUGGUCAGAUUGCUCGAGGUCAGGAGU